UAUGUAUCCCAAGUACCUUGAAAUCAUAUAUUAUAUUGCUUCUUUGACAGAUGUGCAUUUUUAGUGAUUUCUUAAAAGCAGAUUUCAAUUAAGACAGUACCACCUGAAUAAUGACUUACUAACAGUUUUUAAUUAACAGUUUUAGUAAUAGUCUGUUUUCAGGUAAAAAAAAAAACUAUAAAGACUUUAUUGUAGAUUGUAUCAAUCUGCAAUAUCUGUUUUAAUAGUCAUACUUCUAUCCAAUUAGAUAUUACUUUUCUUCUAUUUUUCUUAUUAUACAAAGUUGAGACAGGCCCAACUGCUAAUUUUGAUUUACACUAGUAACAUUACUGUUGUUAAUGUAGACAAUUGCUCCUUAUUUAAUGUACGUACACGCGUAGUAGGUACAACUACUACAAGUGUAGUAAUCAGAGAAAGCGUGCUUGUUUGUUAAAAUAAAGGAUUGUUGCCACCAUUUAUUAAUACUUAAAGGUACAUUUUUUUCUCUUUCUUUUUUUUUCUUUUUUGGUGAGGUUUUCAUAUUCAAAUAUUUCCUGUAUGGAUAAACACAGGUUUGCGUGUGUAGUUGUGUGUAGGUGCAUGCAUGCAAGUGUCUUUUUCUUAUUUUUGUAACCAAAGAUCACACUCUGGACAUAUAUCUGACAUGUCCAGGAUAUGUCACCUUCUAGAGUUAAUUACAUGCUAUGUGUCACUCAAUUUCACCCUAUGGGGUUCCUGUCUUUGAAGUUGUAUGUUCUCAACAUAAAUGAAUAAUUUACAGCAGGGGAAGAAAUAAUUCAUUUGUAGUUGGACCGACCUGUACUUUAAACCUGACCAAGAGUUACUAGAAAGCUGCAGAUGGUGUUGUGAUGGAUGAAUUCAAGUCAGCAUACUUACGCUUGUGUAGGGAGUACAAUGUGGAACCGCAUGAUGCUUUGAUGAAGCAACUGAAAAUUAUUCCCACAAGUCCCAGAAAAGGCAAACAAAGUCUUAAACUAUCCAGUGUGAGUCUGUCACCAAAGACCUGUACUGUACUUGGCAAAGUGCUGGCAACAGAUCAUACUUUCACUGAAAUAAAACUGGCAGACUGUAUGCUCAAUGAAGAUGCUGUUAAAAGUCUUGCUUAUGGGCUGGCUGAAAAUGUGGUGUGUAAAAGACUGGAUUUAAAAGGGAAUAAUGUAAGAGGAACUGGGACUGAGGCUCUAGCCAGAAUGUUACGCCAUAAUAAGAGUUUAACUAGUCUGUGUCUGGAAUGGAAUGCUAUGGGCAUGAUAGACAAUUCCUUUGGUACAUUCUGUGAGGCCCUGGCUGUCAACACCACCCUCAAGGAGCUUGACCUCAGGAACAACCAGAUCAGCCAUGAUGGGGCGCAGGAGCUGGCCUCUGCCUUGAAGAGGAACACCACACUACAGGCAAUAGAUUUGAGGUGGAACAAUGUUGGUAUUAUUGGAGGGCGAGCUCUCCUGGAAGCACUGAGGAGAAACAAAACUAUUUACAAACUCAGCUUGGCUGGGAACAACAUUCCUACAGAUGUUUUACAAUCUAUUGACACAGCUUUAGGUCAUAAUGAAGACCGUCAGCUGAUGAGUAAUGAUUACUAUCAGCGUACACAUAUGUUAUCCAGUGAGCUGAGGACACUCAAAGAAGAGAAAAUGAUGCAGAUGAGUGAAUUAAUGGGUAAAAUUGAUGAGCAGGAAGAUUUCAUGAGGAAGACCACCCGGUCCUCUUCACACAAGAUUGGACAGCUGCAGUCAGCACUGGAGGAAAGGAAGGCUGCAUUUGAGUCACUUAAAGCCAAAUUAUCAAUGGUAGAAUCAGAGCUUGCUCUAGAGCAGCAGAAGUCCCAUGAUUUAGAGGGUCUUGUGGCCAGGAUGAAACAGGAUCAGUCAGAGCUGAGCAGCAGGCAUCAGAGUGAUCUGAGGCAGGAGAGAGAGGACAGAGCCUCUGUGGAAAGCAGACUUUUAAGGGAAUUAUCUGAAGCUAAUGACAGAAAUGUGCAACUAGAAGCUAAGGAAGAUGAACUUAGCAGAAAGUGCAAGCAGCAACAAGAUCAGAUAUAUGAUCUUAAAGAGCAGCUGACACAUGCACAAGCUGAUAUAAAACUCAAAGGAGCACAAUAUGAAGAGAAAUUUAAUAAUGAAAAGCAAAAAAACAAAGAAAUUUUACAAGAGAUGGAGUCUCUCAAGACACGAGAGAUUGCCAAGCUACAGCAAGACUUUGAUGACACUGAGAAGCAGCUGAGAGAAAGAAUCAACAAACUAGAGAGGCAACGUUUGGAGUUGGAAGAAGAAGUGAGCAAGCUGAAAUCUCAGGCAGCAGCUGACAGGAUCAAAGCUGAGGAGGAAUUGGCCACAGUUAAGCACAAGAUCAGAUCUGAUGAGGAGCAACGUCAGAAGCAGCUAGAAGACAGAAUGCGUAUCCUGCAACAGUCCAAGGAUGAGCUGCAGUCCCAUAGUAACCACCAGCAGGCCCUGAUAUCAGAGCUCCAAGGGAAGAACAGCAGCAUGGUGCUGGAACUUGAGACACACAAGAGAAGGAUCGAUGCACAGAACACAGAAUUGUCUGGGAAGAACAAUGAGAUGAUGGCUGAAGUUGGGAAAGUAAAACUGGAAGUUAAACAGAAAAUGGCUCAAUUAGAAACUGAAAGGCAAGCUCAGAAUGAAUUGAAAGAAGAAAUAGGAAGACUGAAGAGGCAAAUCUCAGAGCAAACAGGAAAGCACAGGGAACUCAUCCAUGAUAAGGAAAGAGAAAUUGAGAGUUUGCAAGAAAAAGUCAGAGAAAAAGACAAGGAACUUAUUCGAAUGAGGGAAGAGGAUGCUCAGAGAUCGUCAAUGCUCCAGUCUGCCAUUAUGACUUAUGUGGCAAGGUCACCACAUAAAUGAUGUACACGGAUGUCCCAGUUGUGUGCUAGAACCCGGACUGUAUAAGUUGAUAACAUUCCACCGAGAACAGAACAAAAAGAAAAAUCUUUUAGAGAUGGAAUUAAUCUGAAAUUAACAGUAAUUAAAAUAGUUCUAUACUUGUAAAGACAAACGUUGGAGAAACUCUUAUGCCUGCCUCUGUAAAAGUUAAUGCAAUCACCAUACCAUUCACUCAACUGUGUGAACACAUUAGUCAUACAGUGUACAGUCCAUGUGGCAUGUUAAUGUAGUCUUCAAACUUCAGUUAAAAUGAACUGUUGAAGCAUAAUAUUGCUCAAAUGUACAUACUAAAGUAGCAGAAUAGAUUCCAUCAAUCUUUGUCACUUUUUCAGCAAUAAUGUUGGACAGUUAUUGUGCAAUGGUACAUAUUGCAGUACAGAUUGUUGUAAAAAGAUCUGUCAAUAUUUAUUUAUUUUCCAUAAGCUCUUUAAUA